UGCCACAGGCAGCAUGUGUGUGCCGUAAUGUGUGUGUGAGCACGUGUGUGUAUGUGCACAGAGCUGAUGCUGCAUGGAUUCCCCUGUUUAAGUCCACACAUGCCCACUGUGGCUGAACCACAGGGAAUUUACUGUUCCACUCACAAGACGCACUGGGAGCAAAGGAAAGCCUAAAACCAUGGUUUGAGACGUGGAGAGGAUCAUACGGUCAGUGUCGGGAUACUGGUGAUGCAGCUGCUUGACCACAGUUGAAUCAUGGGAAAUGUGGAGAGCCAGAAUGGAGAUAGUGGUUUCUACUGUGAUACAACUGGACAUCUCUCCCGUAAGCACACAUCCCGCUCACUACGCCUGUCCAACAAGCAGCACAUCACGCGUCAAUUCCAGCAUUCUUCAUCAGUGAAACAGGAACACAGAAACUCUGAAGCCUCCACUCGAUCUUCCAGCACCCCGAGUAUCCCACAGUCUUUAGCAGAAAGCGAGUUGGAACCUUUCAACGCCGCAGAUGCGCUUGGACAGUUUGGCAUCAACCUUCGUUGGACGCAACAUGUUGCUAUGACAAUGAGGCCGGAGUCCUUUCAGCGUGAUUAUGACACCUUGGCCACACCAACGCCUGAAACAUCAGAGGCAGACACUGUGGCUCAGGAUGAACGGGAGGACUCCAUAGGGGAUGGAGAUGUUGUUGGAGAGGAAAGAUACCUCCAGCGGAUGAGUGAAGGACCCCGAGAAGGAGGGAGUUUCAAAAAGAAGAGGUCAAAGUCAGCGGACAUGUGGAGAGAAGACAGCCUGGAGUUCUCUCUGUCUGACCUGAGCCAGGAUCAUUUGACUAGCACUGAGGAGAUCGUCGAUGAAGAGGACGAGCAGUUAACCCGUCCCAGAGGAGGCACAGGAUCAGCUGAAAGGGCAUCAUCUCUGGACCAUCUGUGCAGCCAAAAGAGACCCGGCCUCAGGGGGCAGAAGAGCCGUUGCGCUAAAAACCGGAGAGAAACUGAACGUGAUGGAGAUGGACAACGGGAGUUGGUAUCUCCAACUGAGGAGGACGGCAGUGGAUAUGGUGCCUUCACCCUCCCCUGCCGUCGCUCCCAUUGCCUGUCAGAGGGCUUAUUAGGGCUUGGCGUCCCAGCACCGUGCCCUGCUUUCCAAGGACGACGUGCACAAACCACUCAGGACAUCUCGGGUGUCUUGGGUGAGGGAAGUGAGUAUGGUGACAGCGGCAUCGAUGGCGUCACCGCAGAAAUUGAUGGGGAGGGCGAAUUGUUGCCACGGCGUUGUAAGGCCAUGUCGGCCUCUUUCUCAGUGUACUCAGCCACCGAGAGCAGCCUGUUCAAUGGCAGCGACAGCGGAAGCAGCAGUGCAGGAGGAGGCGAAGGACGACAUGGUGAAGCAGGAAGGGGCGGAGUCUAUGAAAACUUUCGAGAGCUGGACAAUCAAGCUUGGGCGCGUCAGGGCGGGGAUUGCACAGAGGAGGCGGGGUCUGCUGUGAGUGAUGAGCAAAGCAGCGGCACCCUCAGCAGUGUUUAUCCAUCAGACGCUCUUACUGGCUGUGCUCAAGGCACAGUCAGGAAAGCGGGAGCCUUGGCAGUGAAGAAUUUCUUGGUUCAUAAGAAAAACAAGAAGGUGGAGCCUGCAACGAAGCGCAAGUGGAAACACUACUGGGCCUCCCUGAAAGGGUGCACCCUUUUCCUGUACGAGACAGACGGUCGAUCAGGGAUUGAGCACAAUAGCAUUGCAAAACACUCGUUAUGGGUAGAGAACAGCAUCGUCCAGGCUGUACCUGAACACCCCAAGAAAGAUUUUGUCUUCUGCCUGAGCAACUCAGUGGGAGAUGCUUUCCUUUUCCAGACAUCAGGCCAAACAGAGCUGGAGAACUGGAUCACUGCGAUUCACUCAGCCUGUGCCGCUGAACUGGCUCGGCAGCACCACAGGGAGGACACGGUCCGACUGCUGCGGACCGAGAUCUGCAAACUGGAGCAGAAGAUCGACAUGGAUGAGAAGAUGAAGAAGAUGGGAGACAUGCAACUGUCCACUGUGACUGAUGCCAAGAAGAGAAAGACCAUUCUGGAGCAGAUCUUCCUGUGGGAACAGAACUUGGAGCGGUUCCACAUAGAUCUGUUCCGAUGCCGUUGUUACCUGGCCAGCCUGCAGGGCGGAGAACCCCCCAACCCUAAGCGCUUGCUGGGUUUUGCAUCACGUCCCACCAAACUUGCCAUGGGACGACUGGGCAUCUUCUCCGUCUCUUCCUUCCAUUCACUGGUGUCGGCCCGUACAGAGAACAGCAUCAGGCGGCGGAACCAGGCCGUGCCUCGCACUACCUUUAAACGGCGGAGUCGUUUCUCCUCCCUCUGGGGGCUGGACACCACCUCCAAGAGGAAAACCAAGGAUCAUCCUUCCAUAACUCAGGUGUUUGCUGACAGGAUGGAGCCUGUCCGAAAACCCUUAGAGCACAUGUUUGAAGACUCUGUCAGUGAGAAAUGUAGGGAGAGAGGGGGCUCUAUGAAAAGUCUUCCCCAGCAAACCCUGGAUAGUGACAUCUGGGUUCCUGAUUACCUCAAUCCCUCUUGGGUGUGUCUGCCAAAUAAUCAGCCAGUGCUGGCCGUCGUGCAGCCUGGUGAAAUGACGCUGGAAGUCCUGAGCACUGUCUGCAAGGCCCAUAAUUUGGAUCCAUCCAGACACUACCUGCGUUUGAGGGUCCUCGUUGACAACCAAAGCCACUUCUAUGUCCCCAGACCUGAAGAGGACAUCUCAGAUCUGCUCUACAAAGAGAUAGAGAUUUUCCCCAAAAGAACCAAGGUGAUCCAGUUUGACCAAACUGAGUCCUGCACUGCUGGAUAUGGGUUUUCAGUGGCGGUAACAGACGAGGAAGGAAUCCAGCAUCUCCAUAUUACUGAGGUGAAAGAGGGAGGACUGGCUGCAGCCAAAGGUUUGAAAGCAGGAGAUGAGAUCCUGUUGCUCAACAAUAAACCUGCAUCUGCCCUCCAAGUGGACGACAUGAGGUCUGCAUUUGUUAACCAAUCUUUGACCUUGACUGUUGGAACCUUGCCACAGCUGGACCCACAGGUGAUGUGCUCUGUGCCGCCACGGCGCACUGAUGGGGAGCAAAACCUCGCCACUGAUAUCUUCUCCCAGAGUCAAGAGGACAUCUUGGAUGAAGAGUCGGGGCUGACGGUGGACAGCCCAGGUGAAAGCUUUGAUGAAGGACCUCAUCUGACCCCUCAGAGUCCCGGAGACCAUCAGGAAGACAGGACCUGCACAGACACUAGGCACAAGAGCUCAGAGCAGGUCACUGCUUUCUGCCGCAGUAUCCAUGACAUAAAUCCCCUGGAGUGCCCAACGUCGUCCUCGUCGUCUUCGUCUUCAUCAUCUCUUUCCCCCAGUCCCGUGUCAGCUGUGUCGCCCACAGGAGGCACCGCCACCCCAAGACAACUGACCCAUGCAGACAAACUGCGCAAGGUCAUCACUGAACUGGUGGAGACGGAGAAAACAUAUGUCAAAGACUUGCACUACUUAAUAGAGUGCUACUUGACACCCUUGCAAAAAGAGACCUUCCUGACACAGGAUGAGCUGGACAUCUUGUUUGGUAACCUCUGGGAGAUGGUGGAGUUCCAGGUGGAGUUUCUGAAAACUCUGGAAGAUGGAAUUAGACUGGUGCCAGAUCUGAACAAACUGGAGAAGGUGGAGCAAUUUAAGAAAGUGCUGUUCUCAUUGGGCGGAUCGUUCCUGUAUUACGCUGAUCGCUUCAAGAUCUACAGCGCCUUCUGUGCCAGUCACACCAAGGUCCCAAAGGUCCUUUCCAAAGCAAAGACUGACCCAGAUUUUAAAGCUUUCCUGGAUGAGAGAAAUCCCAGACAGCAGCAUUCAUCCACUCUGGAAUCUUACCUGAUCAAGCCCAUCCAGAGAGUCCUGAAAUACCCGCUGCUGCUGAGGGAGCUGCACUCUCUGACGGACCCCGACAGUGAGGAGCACUACCACCUGGAUGUUGCAAUGAAGGCCAUGAACAAAGUGGCAAGUCACAUAAAUGAAAUGCAAAAGCUUCACGAGGAGUACGGUGCCGUUUUUGACCAGCUCAUCAAUGAGCAGACUGGAGAUAAAAAAGAGGUGGCUGACCUCUCGAUGGGGGAUCUGCUGCUCCAUACCACUGUGAGCUGGAUCAACCCUCCGGGCUCUUUGCUCAAGAACAAAAAGGACCCAGAUUUGGCUGCUUUUGUGUUCAAAACAGCAGUGGUAUUUGUCUACAAAGACUCUUCCAAGCACCGGAAAAAAAUUGGUGCCUCUCACCGUACUUCUGUAAGUGAAGACAGAGAUCCCUUCCGUUUCCGGCACAUGAUCCCAACUGACUCUCUCCAUCUGCGCCUUCUGGCAAAUUCUGACGGUACGGCCAUGUGUGAGAUCGUUCAUACAAAGUCUGAAUCUGAAGGAAGACCUGAGAUAACCUUUCAGUUGUGCUGCAGUUCUCCAGAGGGGAAGAAAGACUUCCUGAAAGCCGUCCAUUCCAUUCUUCGGGAAAAGCAGAGACGUCAGCUUUUUAAAACGGACUCCUUGCCGCCCACCCAGCAGUAUGUCCCAUUUGGAGGCAAACGACUGCGUGCCCUUAAAGGAUGUCGUCCUGCCAUGAAUAGAGCAGCAUCAGCUCCAUCUCGAACACUACGACGCAGAAAGCUGGUGAGGAACCACUUCACUAUUGACACAGACUUAGUUUUCCAUGGCAACAACCACAACAAUGAUCCCGACCCAUCGCAUGACCUUCCCUGUCCUUCUGCCUGUUCACCGGUGUCCCACGAUGCCAUGCCCAACCUGACCCACAAACCUCAAGGAGAGGACACAGACCGCUGGGUGGAAGAGCAAUUCAAUCUGGGGUGCUACGAAAACCAAGGCAAAGGCAUCGCUGUGGGGCAGGUGAAGGAAACGGACAUUUUGAGUGACGAUGACGAGUACUGCAAGUCUGUCAGAGCUUCAGCAGUGGAAUCUGCUCAUCUGGAUAGGAAAAUGGAAGGCUUAUACUUGCAGGAUGGUGAAAUGAUGAGCCACAACCUCAGUAGAGUGGCAGAGAUAGAGAGUGGUGGUAAAACUGAGGAGGAGGAAGGUGAAAAAGUGAAUCACGGAGAACGUUCAAGCUCAGUUCCGUCUCAAAGACAUGAGGAGUCUUCACAUUCCUGUGGCGUCCCAUUGUCCCGAUGUAUGGCCCCGUCUCUAAAACUCACUCCUUUGAAGCAAUGCGCUGUAGGAGUCACGGACAAAGACCCUAACACCAUCUGGGUACGGCGGGACAACUUCAGUAACAGGUGCAACAGUGAUGUCUUCUGAAAAGGGCUAAAGGGAGUCAGGAUUGAGAAAGGAAACAAAAGGACACCUACCUUGAAAUUGUUUCUUACACUCGCAUAAAGUGUGAUUGGAUACACACUUAAAAAAACAAAGUAGGA